AUGUUUCGCAACGAGUAUAACCUUGCAAUGGAGCGAGACUCGGGCAGCGUUUCGUCCGUGUCCUCGUUCCAGGUGGACGAUCUGAUGGAGAAACUGAAGCUCCUGAACUACGAGCGACUUCUGCUGAAGGAGAUGAAGAUGAAGCAGAUCAAUCGCUACUACUUCCUGCGCUCGUUCAACCCCGGCGAGCAGUUCUUCAUGUUCACCUCGAUCUGUGCCUGGUUGAUACGCAAAAUCGGUAAAACCUUCGAUCAACCGCAGGAGUUUGACGAUCCAAACAUUGUUAUAUCGCGCAUCAUAAAGGUGCUGCAGGAAAUGGAUGUACCGACCGACUUUCAAACGAAUCGACUGAUUCAAGGUGCUGGCCCGAUCUGUGUCUACAUCAUGGACUGUCUCGCUACGCAAGCACUCAAGCUGACCAAGUUCCAGAUGAAGCGUCCUGAAUGUCGCAAAGAGGAUGACCCGAUGGUGGAUUUGAUCGAGAACGAUUCCGAAAUUAUACUGGAGAAGGUGGAAGAGGAACAAAUGGCAGGCGGUAGCGAUGACAGUGAUGACGAACGGAACGGUCUGUUCGAUCUGAGCUUCUCCGAUCCGGCCCGUUCCGCUGCACACACACGCAAGGAAACGCGUGAGUAUAAGGUCGAUUCACUGUCGGAUAGUGAGGCUUGGAGGUUAGAGCUGGAACGUGUCCUGCCACAGCUGAAGGUCGUGGUAAAGACGGAUCCGCGAGACUGGCGAGCUCAUCUCGAGCAGAUGAGAAGUUUGCGAAGUAAUAUCGAUUCGGCAACGGAAGAAACAGACAGUCAGCUCGCCAAACUUCAAUCGGACAUAAGCUACGUGAUGGAGAAAAUUGAAAGCCGCGAAAGGCACCUAAACAACGAUCUAAAAGACCUAAUCGCACAGUACAAACAGAUCUUGAUCGAGCACAACCAGGCGACCGGACAGAUACGGCAGGCCGAGCAGGAGAAAACGGAGCACGAGCAUGAACUAUCGAAGAUCACCAACGAGCUGGAGAAUGUUAAGAUCCAGAUGGAGCAGCGUGGCAACUCGAUGACCGAUGGUAGUCCUCUGAUCAACAUCAAGAAGGCAAUCUUUCGCAUCAAGGAGGAACUGUGCGAGAUGGACAUCAAGAUCGGUGUGAUGGAGCAUACGCUCAAUUCGGAAAUUGUGAGACAAGGCUCACAGUACGCGGAGUUGGACUCGCUAGUAAUGGCUGCUCACUAA